AUGCCCGAGCUGAGGCGCUGCGGGUGGUCGCUGGCCCAGCUCGGCUCCAACGGGGCGCCCGUUCGCACGGCCUUCGGGACCCUUCCUGACCGCCUGCAGUCGGUGGGUCGCGCCGAGCGACACGCGCUCCUGCAGGUCACCAAGCUCCUGGGGCAGCAGGCGCGGUUCGUGGCCACUGACCUGCUGGCGCUGGCCCAGGAGGCUAGCAGCUGGGGGCCAGAGCUGGAGCGAGCCAGGUCGGUGCACGCCACGGUGUGGGAGCACCUGCGGCAGCAGCCAUGCCGCCCCGAGGUGUUCUGGGUCCCCGCCCGCGAGGGCGUCGACGGGUACCUGGCGGCGGGGCUUCGCCCAGUGCUGUGCGCGGGCAACCUUUGGGCGGGCUGGUUUGCCAAGCAGGGGGCUUUGCAGCGCACCGUGUCCGAGGUUUACCCGGAUUUCUACGCCAUCGAGGUGCAGUACUUCAAGCAGGUGGCGUUUUACAUCGGAUGGGCCAUGCAGCGCUGCCUGGCCAUCAAGGACUGGGCCCCAGAGGCGCGCGACGUGCCCGCGGCGCCGCCGCCGCCCGCGCCGAAGCUGACGGUGGUGGAGCACUCCCUGGCGCGCGUGCAGGGCAAGCGCGGGGUGAUGUGCACCGGGUGCGGGCGCCGAUCCCGUGCUGAGGCAGGAGCCGCGGCGCGGCAGUUUGUCGGGUCGAGCUGUUUGCCGACGCCGCUGGCACGCCUCAAGACGGCGGCUGAGGUGGCGCAGUUCGGUGCGGGGCCAUAUUGGAUGGGCGACGCCGAGGGCCUGGGCGCUGAGGCGCGUUUCGCGAAGGGGACGGCGGUGGCGCGGCGCUGCACCUCGGGCAUCGGCUGCGGCGCGCGGGGCGUGCCGCGGGCCGGGCCGCCCACUGACAAGGGGCGCCACCAGCGCACCUACGUCAGCGACCUGGCGGCCAGGAGGGACAGGCAUUUGCAUGGUCUGGACCCCAAGACGGGCAGGUCAUGGGCUACGGGUACGCUGGUGCACGACGAGAGCAGUUCGGUCGGCGACAGCUCCGAUGAGGGCACCGACGAGGCGGUCGUGGCCCAUGGCUAUGUGGAAGCCCCGCUGGCGGACGCGCAGGGGACCGCGGCGCGCGGGUCUCCCGCAGCGCCGUGUGGCGGGCGCGCGGAGGAGGCCCUGAAGGAGGGUGCGCAGGAGACCGCGACACGCGGGGCCCCCGCAGAGCUGCGAG